AUCAGGAUGUAAGCAGAACUCUCACUUCAUUGACAUACGAAUUCUUGGUUUUAGAAUUUUUUCUAAAUUAUUUUUUUAAGUUGAUUAUUCCACUCCGUUUCCCCUAUUUGGAAGGAGCAGUAGAAUAUUAUUGCAACACCGUGUUUAUCUCUUGGAUGCUGGGUUUUGUUUUUGUGAGUUUUGCUGCCCAAUUCCCACAGUGCUUUCUUGCAAGAGAUAAAACAAAAAAAUGACUGUGAUUUAACCAGUAUUCUCCUGCUUUAUUUCUGGAUUUUUCAAAUCUGGGACUUUCGUAUGGUUGGAGACUUAAAAAGAGCUGCAAGUAAUAUGGGAUACCUUGUAAAACCUUGGAACUUCAAUGAUUUUUCAAGAAGGUCCAUGCAGAUGGUGCAUUGUUUCACAGUAUAGUUCUAUUGAAGUCUGAUCCAACUGAGUCUCUUCUCUUCUUCAGCUCUGGUCAACAUCAGCAUCUAUGGCAGGGCUAUACAGUUCCACUCUAAAAACUUUGGAGGACCUUACCCUGGACUCUGGCUAUGGGGCAGAAGACUCGUGUAGGUCACUCAGCCUCUCAUCUUCCAAAUCAAAUUCCCAGCCACUGGCUUCGUCUCAGCACCGGGCAAAUUGGUGGUAUUAUUCAGGGUCCAUGAAUAGCAGAAAUAGCAGCUGGGACACCAUGAAUACUGCUCUUACUGAGGACUCUGACCUGGUGGAUAUGUUCUCAAGAUGCCACCGACUGCCUGAACUAGAAGAUUUUCCGUGGACGGAUGAGGACAUUGGAAAGCUCCUUAGAAUGGGCAAAGGGGAUGAAGGUAGAAGGGAUUUUUCUCAGGAUGCGAUAAGGAGGAUGUCCGUCUUGUUGAGGAGACCUCUCAUAAGGAUAUCGAGGGAAGCUCAGCGUCUUAGUGUCCUACAUGCCAAGUGCACGCGUUAUGAGAUCCAGAGUGCCAUGAAACUGAUCCUCAGCUGGGCACUUUCACAGAGCUGUGCGUUGGCCACUGUCCGAGCCCUAUCUCUUUACAGUAUGCGUGCAGGGGAUGGCCUGAGAAGGGGCAAAUCUGCCCGCUGUGGACUCACGCUCUCCGUAGGUAGGUUUUUCAGGUGGAUGGUGGACACCAGAAUUUCGGUGAGGAUACAUGAAUAUGCAGCCAUCUGCUUGACUUCUUGCAUGGAGAACCUGCUGGACGAGAUCAGGACUCGUGUCCUAGCAAGUCAUGGAAAUGAUGGGGUGGAGAUAUCCCUUGAUGUCCUCGAUAUGGCAAUCAAUAAUGAUGCGGAGCUGUGGGGAGUCCUGCAACCUUAUGAGCACCUGAUUUGUGGCAAAAAUGCUAAUGGCGUUCUUUCGCUCCCUCCAUACUUCAGUCCUUAUAAUGAUUGUUCCCGUGUGAAGGAUGAAACUACCAAUGCCUACACACACCUGGAGCUACGCACCUUGGAGCAGUCGCUGCUUGCUACCUGCGUUGGAAGUAUCUCGGAGCUAAGUGAUUUGGUCUCCCGUGCCAUGCACCACAUGCAAUGUCUGAGCACCCCGAGGCCUGGUCUGAGCCCAGGACGACACACACGCCACCCACAGCAUCACAUAACAUGGUCCCCAGACUCUCUGCAUACACUUUACUACUUCCUGCGCUGUUCCCAGAUGGAAUCCAUGGAGAAUCCCAACUUGGAUCCCCCCAGGAUGGCCCUAAAUAAUGAGAGGCCUUUCAUCCUGUUACCUCCUCUUAUGGAGUGGAUGCGCGUUGCCAUAACUUACGCAGAGCACCGGCGUAGUCUGACAGUGGACAGUGAUGACAUCAGGCAGACCGCGAGGUUGCUCCUUCCAGGAUUGGACUGUGAACCACGGCAGCUCAAGCCCGAGUGUUGCUUCAGUUCCCUGAGACGCCUGGACGCUGGGGCAGCCACGGAGAGAUUCCAACAAGACUUGGGCUUCCGCAUGUUGAACUGCGGCCGAACUGACCUCAUUCCCCAGGCUGUGCGAGUCUUGGGGCCUGAUGGGGUCAAUACUAUGGAUGAGCAGGGUCUGAGCCCCCUCAUGUACGCCUGUGCCGCAGGGGAUGAAGCCAUGGUGCAGAUGCUGAUUGAAGCCGGAGCAAACUUGGAUUUGGCUGUCCCCAGCAGUUCUCCCAGACACCCAUCUGUCCACCCUGACACGCGGCACUGGUCGGCACUGACAUUUGCUGUGCUGCAUGAGCAUAUCUCCGUAGUACAGUUGCUGCUGGAUGCCGGGGUGUACGUAGAAGGAUCCGCUGUGGGCAGCAGUGAGGACAAUUAUGCAGAAACACCUCUUCAGCUGGCGUCCGCUGCAGGUAACUACGAGCUGGUCAGCCUGCUUCUUGACCGGGGAGCUGACCCUCUACUGAACAUGCUGGAAGCUGGCGGAGUUUCUUCCUCUUUACAUGAAGAGAUGAACUGCUACAGUCACGCAGCUGCCCACGGUCACAGGAACAUUGUGCGCAGGUUGCUGACGCAGCCCCAGCUGUGCACGGGAGAUGUACUGUCGCUGGAGGAGAUAUUGGCAGAAGGGGUAGAUAGCGAUACAUCGAGCAAUGGUAGCUACGAACAGGAGUCCGAACUGCUCUGCAAAACCAGGCUGAAAGCUCUGCAGGAGGCCAUGUAUUACAGUGCGGAGCACGGAUACAUGGACAUUACCAUGGAGAUCAGAAGCCUUGGGGUCCCGUGGAAGCUCCACGUUUGGCUUGAAACGCUUCGGACGUCGUUUAACCACUCGCACCAUUCGGUGAUGGAAAACUUGCUGCAGGAAUUCUGUAUUAUCAGAGAGGAGGAUUAUAACGACGAACUCCUUAACGAAGGCUUGCCGCUUCUGUUUAACAUCUUCAAGGCUAGUAAAAGUGAAACACUGACACAAGAAGUGGCUGCCAUAUUUGCGCAUUGUUACGGAGACGGCCCGAUACCGAAGAUUCCAGAGAUACAAAAGGCACUGCCCGCACGUUUAGAUCCACACUUCCUCAACAAUAAAGAGAUGUCCGACGUGACUUUCUUGGUAGAAGGGAAGCUGUUCUAUGCACACAAGGUUCUUCUGGUCACCGCGUCUAAUAGGUUUAAAUCUCUGAUGACAAAUUCCACAGAGCACGAAGAUCAGUGUCAUAGGACAAUUGAGAUCCGAGACGUGAAGUACAACGUAUUUCAGAUGCUAAUGCAAUAUUUAUAUUAUGGAGGAACGGAAUCUAUUCAAGUUCCCACAGCUGCAAUUUUGGAGCUCCUCUCGGCCGCCAGUCAAUUCCAGCUCGAUGCUCUGCAGCGACACUGCGAGAUUAUCUGCUCACAGGGAAUCAACAUAGAUAACUCAGUCAGCAUCUACAAGUAUGCCAAGAUCCACAAUGCCCCAGAACUGACCGUAUUCUGCGAAGGAUACUUUCUCCAGAAUAUGAAGACUAUGCUGGAGCAGGACUCCUUCAAACAGCUCAUAAAUGGACGCAACAGCAAGUUACAGGGUUUGGACACUCUAAAUGACCUGCAAAUCACACUGACCAACCGGAUCAAGGAUGUUUAUAUUUCAUGUCGUGUGUGAAAGUGACCGGAAUCAUUUGUACCAUAUAUCUAUACGCAUCACAGAGCUACCUGCUAUCCUACGCUCUGUGUGAAGCUAAAGAAUGAAUGUUAAAGCCAGUAGAGGGGAUUGCAACAAGUACUGGUUACGGAAUGCACAAACUGAUAGGAGCGUGUGCAGAACUGCUGGACAUCUUGAGGUCGGAUAGAAAGACAAAAUGUAGUUCAAACGAGGGUAGAAGAAUGAGAUGUAUGUAAUUAUCUAUAUAGAUAGAGAAGGAUUAAAAACCUUGUCCAUAUGGCUAAAUCACCUGUACAGUUCUAACGUGGAUUUAACCAACAUCAAAGAGCUGCCAAUUACCAAUAAAGAGUCUGAAAGUGAUCCUUAGACAGACAGGAGCUCUCAGUGCCAUAAUGAUUUUAUAUCGUGCUAUUGUUUCAAACUCAGUUGCAUAAGGAGUUUUAAUUAUUAUUUUUUGCACCUUCUAGAUAAUCCCAACAAAGUGGAUUACCCAAAGAGGCACUAAAAUAAAUGAGAAAUGAAACAUCCCAUCACA